AUGUCCUUCACCACUGAAAGGUUAACGUCAAGGAUACCCUUACUGGACUCAACAAACUAUUAUCCAAACAUCUUUUCAGAUGCUUCACUUACAUCCACAUCUACCCCGUCAAAAGUAAUAACCAAUACCAAUAAAUCAACAGCUAUAACGCAAACUCCACCAACGUAUUCCAAAAGAGUUACUCAUAACCAGAUAUACGACGCCUUUUCCACUCCACUAAGAGCAAUACAUUUGGACCCAACAGUGAUAUCAAAUCUAGAUCAAAAUCUGUUAAUAAAGUCGAGUUAUUUGUCCCCUGCUUUAUCGUCACCACAGAACCACCAUAAUUAUCAUCAUCGUCUUCUUUUCAAUACAUUUGAAGACUCUACUAAUCAUAGGUCACCAAUAAAGAAACAGAAAAAAUUCAAAUCUUUAGAGUCUGCUGCAUCUGGUUCUAGCUCUGCAUCUGGUUCUGCAUCUGGUUCUGGCUCUGCAUCUAGCUCUGGUUCUGGUUCUAGCUCCGGCUCUAAUCCCAAGUCUGGUUCGGCCCCAUUUACCCUUUAUUCAGAAGAGAAACCGCCAUACUCAUACGCGACUUUAAUUGGAAUUUCCAUUUUAUCACAUCCAGAGAAAAAAUUAACAUUAUCUCACAUUUAUCAAUGGAUAUCAGAAACAUUUAGAUUUUACAAAAAAGAAGAUGUGGGCUGGCAGAACUCAAUUAGGCAUAACUUGUCUCUAAAUAAAGCAUUCGUUAAGGGAGAGAAAUCUAAAGAUGGUAAAGGCCAUUUUUGGUGUAUUAAACCUGGUUAUGAAGAGCAGUUCCUUAGAAGUAGAAGCGUUAAGAAAUCAUCAUACCAUGAAGUAAUGGAUCAAAUAAAUCAGGCUACGAAAAUAAACGCUGCCAAUGCCGCGGCAAAGAAGCUACGCGAGGAAGUAGAAGCAAAACAAAGAGAAAGAGAAAAAGAAAAAGAAAAAGAAGAAGGUAAGCAAGGUGAAGAAGGAAAAGCAAGAGCACAAACAGAAAAACGAGUAAUAGAAGAAGAAGAAGAGGGUGAAGUUGAAGUUGAAGUUGAAGAUGAAGAUGAAGAUGAAGAUGAAGAAGAGAAAGAUGGAAAAGGAAAACGCAAGCAUAAAAAGCAAAGCAAUGCAUCAGUAUCUCUUUCUGCUUUGACUCAAGAAACGGAAACUAAAUCAUUCAAGAGAAAUCGAAAACUAGUAGCGUUGUUGUCUUCUCCAACUUAUACCAAAAAGAGAGAUUUUUCCCAUAAUGGCGGUGAUGAUGAUGAAUACGAAGAUGAAGAUGAUGAGGAUAUCACUCUACUUGACCCACCUAUGAAAAAAUUCAAGUCGGAACAAAAUACUUUAAGGGAUAAUAUCGACUAUGCUAGUUGGCAAGUGCUUUCUCCCAAUAAUCAAGCAAUUAAAUUACCUUCUAUUAAUCUGCUACCUGUGGUAUCCAUCACCGCUACUCCAAAACAACAACGAACAACUAAUCCACGAUUUAUAAUCAAUGAUGAGGGAAAGUCUCCCGAUAAACCCAUUAUAGCUGAAAAGAAUCUUACGUAUACUUCAUCUUUUAGUUGUAACUCAAAUUUUGAAUUAUCUCCAUUAAGAACAAGUGAAACUGGUCCUUUAUUAGAACCACUAACACCAGCAAAUAACAACCUAUUCCAAUAUUCAAACCAGCCAAAACAAUACUACCCACAGGAUCAACAGCAUGACCAACAACAAGACCAACAACUGCGACAACAGCUACAGCAACUGUACCCACAACAACCACAGCAACUGUACACACAACAAUCGCAGCAACAGUACCAGCAGCAGCAACAACAACAAUACCAACAGUAUCCUCAACUGCAGCAUCUACAUCAUAUGGUUUUCUUGGGUAAGUCUCGUACACCUAAAUCCAGCAGCAAAAAAACACCAUUGAGAAGUACCAGUAUAAGAACUACACCACAAACCAGUUCAAUAAUGAAGAAACUAUGGAAUAGUCCCCCUUCUUAUUUAGAUGAUUUUUACUUCAGUCCAUUGUUAAUGAGUAGUCAACAUUGUCAUUCGCUACAUGUACCGCCAUUGAGCACGGUACACCAACAACAACUACCAUCACAACAGCAGCAACAACAACAACAACAACAACAACAACAACUGCUGCAGCAGCAGCAACCACAACAGCAAUCAAUGGCAGCCACUACUUAUUUAAAUACAGCAGCAGCAGCAGCAGCAGCAGUAGCAUCGUCACAUUCGAAAUUGAGCAAUAUUGUGGGAAAUGGUACAAUGGGUAUAGCGUCAUAUGAUGAUGAUGAUUUGAUAUUGAGGAACUUGAAUCAUCCCCAAUUAUCUAUACAUCUGAGUCCCAUUUUGAAACGAGGAUUUAAUGACCUAGAAGAAUUGAAAAGUAGUAAUAUUAAGAAUAUAAUUUUGGAUCUAAGAAAGUUGGAAAGAAAUGAUUAG